AAAAAGGCAAUUUGCUGCUGAGAUUGAUGACGCCUGCCAAGCGUUGAGCUAUGCUCUCCCUCUGUUGGUGCCUGGUGCGCACCCAAGAGGCCGGCGUGCCGUACACAUCGGCUGGGACAUGUCAGAAUGAUGACAGAGACGCGUGACGGAGCCUCCACGGCCGAGCAGAAUUAGAUUUUAGUCUCAUGCACGGCUGUUCUGGAGUGGGUGGGUGGGACAACAAAAAUCGGAAAGGCAGCGAGCGUACCAUUGCCGCAAUGAUGGCGUCGCUCCGGACAAAGGCGAGUCAGACCCUGGCCAGUGCCCUUCGUGGGCAGGCCGUCACUGCAGCGAGGAGGAGGAGGACGAUGUCCACAACGGCGCGCCGUGCGUUCCAGGUCGAGGUGCCCGGGUGGGCGUCGCCCGAGGCACGCACCGCCCUCGAGGGCUUUGCCGCCCGCUUCGGUACCGACCCCUCGCAGCCCGCCAUGGUGGAGACGCAGCACCUCGACCAGCACCAGGCCGCGCUGCUGCGCCUGACGCUGUCCGAGAUGGUGCCGCUGGACCAGGAGGCGGGCGCGGAGCCAAAGGUGUUUGCCCACUCGCCCGAACGGCAAUACGCGGGCCUGAGCAACCGGACCCGGCUGCUGCCCACCGAGCACCUCGCCUACUUUACCCCGCGCGUCGCCUCGUGGAACCUGGGCGCCGAUGGGUCCGACACGUCGUUCAAUCCGCCGGGCGGUGUCUUCACUCGGCGCAUGUGGGCCGGCGGCGAGAUGCGCUUCCAGGCCGACGCCCCGCAGCUGCUCCUGGGCGAGCGCGCCUACGAGCACACGUUUGUCGAAGAUGCGCAGCUGAAGCAGCUCGGCGGCGGCCGCGGCGAGAUGAUUGUCGUGUGGGUGCGCAAGGAGUUUGGCCGGCGCACCAAGCAGGAAGAGGCGCCCCUGCCUCCGUCGAUCAUCGACCGCCGCAGCUGGGUGUUCCAGCGCGCGCUGCCUCCGAGCGCAGAGCAGCAGCAGCAGCAAAAUCAAGAGCAAGAACAAGGGCUGCAGGCCCCAUCAGGUGCCUUCCAUCCCGACAUGCCCGCGCCCGUGCGCCUCGUGCAGACACCCGCGAGCCUGUUCCGCUACUCGGCCCUCACCUUCAACGCACACGCCAUCCACCUCUCGCCCACCUGGGCGCGCGACGUCGAGGGCCACCGCGACAUUGUCGUCCACGGCCCGCUGACGCUCUCGCUCCUCGUGCGCACGUGGGGCCGCGACCAUGGCCGCUGGUUCUUUCUCCGCAAGCGCGGCGGCAGCGCCAUCGAGCCCAGCAGCGGCCGCCGGCUCGUCUCAGUCGCCUACCGCGCCAAGCGGCCCCUCUAUGCGGGCGAGCCCUACUGGCUCGGCUACGCGCGCGAGGGCCAGGACGAGGCAGCGGGCAAGCACACCCUCGUCGCCGUCAAGGCCGACGGCCAGGUCGCCAUGGAGGCCACCGUCCUCUCGGCCGCGCCGUCUGCGGCUGCCGCUGCCACAACAGAGGAGAACAGCGCCUAGUAAGAACAUUCGUCGCAGUGACUGUCACGCUCUUGUCUGUUGAGAAGUCGGUAGAGAUCAAGAUGAAUGGCCAUUGCUAAUGAAAAGAUGGAU